AGCAGGUCAGAUCGUCAUCCCUGUUGUUUUGUGACGGUGUGAAGAAGACCUGGACAUCACCUGGACAUCACCUGCUGCUCACCGUCGGCGCGAAAUUGCGGCGCGUGCAGCUGACACUUGAGCUCAGCAGGACGAGGCCCCUGUGUUGUGGCCGGUACAGCAGCGGGCCUACCUGCGAUGCUAAGCUAAGUGAACUAGCUGUCACCGUCAACAGAAUCCAUGACCGUAUACAGACCGUAGGUAGACAGUCAGGAAACGUCCGCAGCACAGCCCGGUCAAACAUGAGGGUCUGACGGACUCGGAGAGUAGACAGAGACUGACAGCCUCUCCUGACCCGGCUCAGCCCAGCUCCAGCUCAGUCCACCUCCGUCCAGCUCGGUCCAGCUGGAAGAUGUGGCUCAAACUGUUCUUCCUACUGCUGUACUUCGUGGUCCUGUUCAUGCUGGCGCGGAUCUUUGAGGCGGUGGUCUGGUACGAGACCGGCGUGUUCGCUACUCAGCUGGUGGAUCCGGUCACUCUCAGCUACAAGAGGCUGAAGACCAUCCUGGAGUGUCGGGGGCUCGGGUACUCCGGACUGGCCGAGAAGAAGGACGUCAGCGAGCUGGUGGAGAAGUCAGGAGAACUGACACAAGGGGAGCUGUACUCUGCCCUCAAGAAGGAAAAGGAGCAAACGGAGGCCGGAGACUCCAGCACCACACACUUCAGUGGAGAGAUGCACUUCUAUGAGUUAGUGGAGGACACUAAAGACGGGAUCUGGCUGGUUCAGGUCAUUGCCCAGGACCGGGAUGCUCUUCUCAGUCAGUCCAACUGGGGGAAGAUGGUGCAGAAAGUGUCUCAGUUUGGGAUCCGAACUGGAACCUUCAACUGCUCUAAUGACUACAGGUCAUGUAUCAAGCGCGGCUGGCAGCGCUCCACGCUCAUCAUGUCUGUUCCUCAGACGUCAGCGUCGAAGGGCAAAGUCAUGCUGAAGGAAUACAAUGGCCGCCGCAUCGAAACCGAGCACAUCUUCCGCUGGAUGACCUCACAUGUGGCUAAUCGAAUCAAAACGCUGCGCCGGUCUGAGCAGCUGGUGGAGGAGUGGCGCUCAGACCCGGCCCACCCGGUCAAGAUGUUUUUGUUCGCCCACCUGUCCCAGCCCCCCGCCUUCUUCUCCUCACUGUCUGUCAAGUUCACGGGCAGGAUCGAAUUCAUCUUUGUGGACGUGCGUCACUGGGACAACCACAGCAGCCUGACAGAGAUCGGCGUGACACAGAGCCCCGCCUAUAUCCUCAAGAUGCCUGAGGGCAUCUAUCGCUAUGGCAACAGUACGGGGGAGUUCCUGUCCCUGGCUGCCAUGGACACCUUCCUGCGUUCUGUCCAGCCGGAGGUCAAUGACCUGUUUGUCCUCAGUCUGGUUCUCAUCAACCUGUUGGCCUGGAUGGACCUCUUCAUUACACAGGGAGCAACAGUGAAACGAUUUGUAGUUCUGAUCCGAACACUGGGGACCUACAACUCCAUACUGCUGGUGUCCUGGCUUCCUGUUCUGGCUCUGCUCCAGCUGCCCUAUCUGGACUCUCUGUACGGCUACAGUCUGAAGCUGCUUCGAUACGCUGACACCACCACCCUGGCCAGCCUGGUGAGAGCGGACUGGACCUUCUACUCAUCCCACCCUGCUCUCUUCCUGUCCACCUACCUGGCCCACGGCCUGCUGGUCGACUACUUUGAGAAGAAACGCCGCUGUGGCGUCAGGAGCCGAGAGGACAGCACCACCAACCUGGAGUGGCUGGCCAGUCUGUGGGACUGGUACACUUCUUAUCUGCUCCACCCAAUCGCAUCGCUGCAGCAGGUCCCGUCAGACCAGUCGGACUGGGAAGAUGAUCCCAACCUCUUGUUUGAGCGUUUGGCUUUCCCUGAUCUCUGGCUUCGCCCGUUGGUAAACGUGGACUACAUUAAAGCUCUGCCAACCUGGAGGUUCAGAGCUGUAAGUCAGCGCAGGGGAGGUGGCUCUGGUGGACAGUUGCCUGAGGAAACAGAGAGUUCACAUACAGACACAGAGAACAGGGACCAGAGGGGUUCAGGUCCCAGCUCAUCUCCACACAGCAGCAGAAGGCGCCAGAGGUCUCUGUGCAGUCAGGACAGCAGCACACAGCUGAGUGUGCACAGCAACAUGGACCCAACCUGUCAGUGUGCUGCUGCUGCUGCUGCUGCUGCUGUUGCAUCAUCCCUCUGCUGUUGUCAUGGGAACGGAAGCUCACCAUCAGUUGACAUGGCAUCGGAGGAUGGCCACCCCUCACCUGAGGCCAUCUCCGCCCGGGUGCACUGUGAUUGGUCGGCGUGGCCCUGCGGCGUGCUGCAGUGCUCAGAGUGUGUGGUGUGUCUGGAGAACUUUGUGAGCGAGGAGCUGCUGAUGGCUCUGCCCUGUGGCCACGCCUUCCACCAGCAGUGCAUCGUGGUGUGGCUGGCCGCAGGCAGACACUGCUGCCCCGUGUGUCGCUGGCCCAGCUACAAGAAGAAGCAGCAGAGAGGAGCUCAGAGCGGCUCUGCUGAAAAUCCCCUGCAGGACUGACGGACAGGUCUGACCGAGCCCUCCUCAUCCUCACAGCUCACUCUGCUCUCAGCGCUCACAGCCACCGAGCUCUGUGUGUCAUCACAGGGACGAUGGAGGUGUGACGGCUCUGUGAGAGGAUGUGAUCAGGGCUGCUGUUGUCAUGAACCAUCAUUCAGCUUGUUUCCAUUCCUGUUGAAGGCAACGUGCUGGUCGUGAGAGGCCAGUCACCAUAGAGACGACACAGAGUCACACACUAACCACAGUUGUAGUCAUGUUAAACUUUGUAGUGCAAUAAAAAGCUGUUUCCUGUCUGUCUGCAGGACUGAGAGGUCAGAGGAGUCUGUGAGGACUUAUUGAGCUAACACCCUGUCCUCUACAUCCUGGACCAUGACUCAUCAUUAAUGCAAAAAACCUCCAUGUGUGUGAUUGCAUUUUAAUUAGCAUUUAGUUCAGGACAGGAAAGCCUCUCUGUUGACC